AAAUGGGAUCAUGGUACCAACGGACACUCAUCAUAUGCAUUCUUUUUCUCAUAAAAUAACAAUACGCAUUCUACAAGGAGAAAGGAACUUGUCCCUUAUAAAAUCGCUUCCGGAAUGUGUUGAACAAUAAAAACUAAACAAAACGGCAAUAGUUUUUCUUACUUUUUCUUUUACGGCAUGAAAAACAAGGAUUUGAAAACGGAUUAUAAACAAGUGCUGGCUUCUUGGGACUAUGAACUAUCUUGUAAGCCCCUUGAUACAGACUAUUAUUCCCAAUCCGAAAUCAUGCAUCUCUUCUGCAGCUUUCUAAAUCAAGUUUGGACAGACGCAAAACAAAACAUAGAACAAUCUUGGGGUUUGCAGGAUGAGGUGAUCAUCAAUAUGCUGCAAUUAAUGAAACGGUCUUUAGAAACACGACAAAAGCUAUCUGCCAUGAUCUACCGUCUCAAGGAUUCUGGUGCUACUAUCUGUCGCAGUCCUUCUUCCAUUUCGUCAUUUGCUUCAGAUACGCUUCGUCCUAUCAAACUAACAAGCUCCCCUUCAACACCUACAGUUAGCAUCAGCAGUAAUGAGCCAGCUUUGUGCAUGCAUAAUUCUCAGUCUAGCCAUUUUCUUACUAUUUCGCAAAAAAAUUUGUCAUGCCAUUUUUGUCAUGAAAAAAUCGGGUUCAAAAAGAGCUUUUCCAUAGAUGGUGUUUGCAUGCUAAACUACCAUAGCAGUGGUGAAGAAGAAGAGUAUGAGUACUCAGCAAACAAGCGCCUGUCUUCAUUAGAUAGCCAUCGUAGUAGUAGUAUUAGUAAUAGUAGUAGUAGUAGUAGUAGUAGUAGUAGUAGUAGUCUACUUGAGCCUAUUACCUUUUACCAUCAAGAUGAAAGCGAUAUUGAUCAAGAUACCUCUGCAAGCAAAUUACUUUUGGCGGAUAAAAGUACAAUGUCAUAUUACUAUAAGGAGAAGCUGUUUCGCUAUCAUUUGCUUCAACGAACCAUCAAGGAUAGUUUGGCUAUGGAUCAGGACAGCACAACAACCAAGUCACUUGGUUCUAGCAUUAGCAGCCUUGGAUACACAGAAAAAGAAACUAGUGAAGAAAGCAGUGAACAUGCUUCAUAUCUAUCUUGUUCACCGUCCAGCAUGUGCACUGAAGCUCAUGUUGUUGUAAGCACUACAACUGAGUCAUCAAAAAAAUCAGAUAAGAGAAAGGAAAAUAAGUUUACUUACUUGCUAAAAGGUUCUUCAAGCCAAUUGUCUUUAUUCAGUAUGAAAAAGAAGCAGACGAAAGAGGGCAAAAUCAAGACUUCUUUUAUCAAACGCAUUCUCAAGAAAAGUCAACUUUAAAACAUCUAUAAUAAAUCAAAAGAAAUUCUAUCAAACUGAC